GCGCCCAGAAGACGACUGUCAAAGGUCACAGGGAAAUCAAAGGCGGGGUACAGGGCCAGAGGGAGGAGGAAACAACUUCCCGGUUGCUCUCAGACGCUUCAGAGAUCCUCUGGAGGCCUGGGGAGCUUUUGAGUUCUUUAUUUCAGUAGGUCCCUGAGUUCUGUGAGUGGCGGGGUAGAGCCACCAGGGGAAUCCACAGUGGUUUCUCGUGCCCCUCAGGGUCAGGAGCAGUCUGAUCAAAAGGAGGCCAUCCACUGUCUGGGGCCUUUCCCACAGCUCCCGGAUGCUGGGUCUGGAGGCUGCGCCCUUACCCCCCAGGAGCUCGGCCCAGUGGGCAGCCUGAAUAUGGCCAAUUACACGCUGGCACCAGAGGAUGAAUACGAUGUCCUCAUAGAAGGUGAACUGGAGAGUGAUGAGGCAGAGCAAUGUGACAAGGAUGAAGCCUGGGCGCUCUCAGCCCAGCUGGUGCCGUCGCUCUGCUCUGCUGUGUUCGUGGUCGGUGUCCUGGACAAUCUCCUGGUUGUGCUUAUCCUGGUAAAAUAUAAAGGACUCAAACGCGUGGAAAAUAUCUAUCUUCUAAACUUGGCAGUUUCUAACUUGUGUUUCUUGCUUACCCUGCCCUUCUGGGCUCAUGCUGGUGGCGAUUCCAUGUGUAAAAUUCUCAUUGGACUGUACUUUGUGGGCCUGUACAGUGAGACAUUUUUCAAUUGCCUUCUGACCGUGCAAAGGUACCUAGUGUUUUUGCACAAGGGAAACUUUUUCUCAGUCAGGAGGAGGGUGCCCUGUGGCAUCGUUACAAGUGCCCUGGCGUGGGUAACAGCCAUUCUGGCCACUGUGCCCGAAUUUGCAGUUUAUAAACCUCAGAUGGAAGACCCAAAAUACAAGUGUGCAUUUAGCAGAACUCCCUUCCUGCCAGCUGAUGAGACAUUCUGGAAGCAUUUUCUGACUUUAAAAAUGAAUGUUUCGGUUCUUGUCUUUCCCCUAUUUAUUUUUACAUUUCUCUAUGUGCAAAUGAGAAAAACACUAAGGUUCGGGGAGCAGAGGUAUAGCCUUUUCAAGCUUGUUUUUGCCAUAAUGGUAGUCUUCCUUCUGAUGUGGGCGCCCUACAAUAUCGCACUUUUCCUGUCCACUUUCAAAGAACAUUUCUCCCUGAGUGACUGCAAGAGCAACUACAACCUGGACAAAAGUGUUCUCAUCACUAAACUCAUCGCCACCACCCACUGCUGCGUCAACCCUCUCCUGUAUGUCUUUCUUGAUGGGACAUUUAGGAAAUACCUCUGCCGCUUUUUCCAUCGGCGUAGUAACACCCCACUUCAACCCAGGCGGCAGUUUGCACAAGGCACAUCGAGGGAAGAACCUGACCAUUCCACCGAAGUGUAAACUAGCAUCCACCAAAGGCAAGACGACUAAACAUGGAUUUUCAUCUUUUUGCAUUAUUUCACGUAAAUUUUUUACACACUUGUAUACAAAAUCGGAUACAGGAAGAAAAGGGAGAGGUGAGCUAACAUUUGCUAAGCAUUGAAUUUGUCUCAGGCACCGUGCAAGGCCCUUUACAAACAUGAGCUCCUUCGCCUCCUACGACUUGUCCAUAGUGUGGAUGGGACUAGUCUCAUUUCUCUGAGAAGAAAACUGAGGCUUGGAAAUUUGUCUAAGAUCACACAAGUAGGAAGUGGCAGAACUGAUUCUCCAGCCCUGGUAGCGUUUGCUCAGAGCCUACGCUUGGUCCAGAACGUCAAACUCCAAACCCUGGGGACAAAUUGCAUGAAAUAAAUGUAUUUUAAAACAUCUA